AUGGCCAACAAGAGGAACGAAGACAUUGAGUUGGGCCCCGUCGAGGGUCGGGGUUCGACCGACAAGGACCCUUUCCUGGCCAGGAGGUCAUCUUCGCAGCCAACCCGCCCUCAACAAGUUGGUCCUUUCGGCGGCUACUUCGACAAGAUUGACCACAGCCCCGGCGCCUCGAUUCUCGCCUACUGUCUGUCGUCGAUUUCCAUGACGGUUGUCAACAAAUACGUUGUGUCCGGCAGCGAAUGGAACCUCAACUUCUUCUACCUUGCUGUGCAGUCUCUGGUCUGUACCGCCGCCAUUCUGAUAUGCAAGCAGCUGGGCAUGUUCCAGAACCUCGCUGCUUUCGACUCAACCAAGGCAAAGAAAUGGUUCCCUAUCUCGCUGUUGCUCGUGGGCAUGAUCUAUACCAGCACCAAGGCGCUCCAGUUCCUCUCCGUUCCCGUGUACACCAUCUUCAAGAACCUGACCAUCAUUGUCAUCGCCUACGGUGAGGUCCUCUGGUUCGGCGGCAGCGUCACCCCCAUGGCUCUGCUCUCCUUCGGUUUGAUGGUCUUCAGUUCCGUCAUUGCUGCUUGGGCCGAUAUCCAGGCCGCCGUCGAGGGCGUCGGUCACACUGCCGAGGCUACCGAUGCUAUCUCCACCCUGAACGCCGGUUACGCGUGGAUGGGCAUGAACGUGUUCUGCACCGCCGCGUACGUUUUGGGCAUGCGCAAGGUUAUCAAGAAGAUGAACUUCAAGGACUAUGACACCAUGUUCUAUAACAACCUCCUCACUAUUCCCGUCCUAAUCGUCUUCUCCUUGCUCUUCGAGGACUGGUCCAACGACAACUUGAUCAAGAACUUCCCCGUCGAGACACGCAACGCCCUCUUCAUCGGCAUGAUCUACUCCGGUCUCGCUGCCAUCUUCAUCUCGUACUGCUCGGCCUGGUGUAUUCGCGUCACCUCCUCGACCACCUACUCCAUGGUUGGCGCCCUCAACAAGCUUCCCAUCGCCGUCAGCGGUCUCAUCUUCUUCGACGCCCCCGUCACCUUUGGAAGUGUCACCGCCAUCUUUGUCGGCUUUGUCUCCGGUCUCGUUUUCGCCUGGUCCAAGACCCGCCAAAAGGUCUCCGCGAUUCUGCCUACCGCUCAGCCUACCAUGAGCGCUAGCGCGGCCAGCAACAGGGAUGCGGCUAAUGCUUAA